CACUGGCUGACCUGUAGCCACGUGACGGCAGCCGUUCAUUGAUAUCGGUCAGUGCGCGCCCCCUCCUUCCAACACUGAUAAGGAUAGAGUAUAGGUAAAGGUUGGCACGGUCACUUUGGGCAAGGGUGGGUUAGAGGGCGUUUGUUGGAGAGGACGGUCCCUCAGCCCCUCGGAGAGCGAUGCCACAAUGAGCAGCUUCUUAGACUACUCGGUGAUGAGCGGAGAAGGUAGCUCAUGCUCCAUCAGGGCUUUCCACUCGGACCACGGGAUUACAGCUUUCCAGUCCUGCGGGGCUGCUGUCAACAGCUGUGGGGCGGAUGAGCACUUCAUGGCAAACAGGACUUCUCCUGACAGCCUCCCCCAUCAGCCGGCGUCUUACCAGUCUUCUGCAAACACUUUGGGUCUCUCCUACGGAGCCCACCCGGCCUGCAGCUCCAGCUAUGGGCCCCAAAGUUUUUGCGCAACAUAUAACCACUACACUUUGAACCAGGAAGUGGACUCUGGAGCUGCGUUUCCCCAGUGCGGUCCAUUGAUGUUUUCGGGUAACUUACCCUCCUCCAUGGUUCCUCAGCACCGCCACGGUUACAGUGCCACCCCACUGGGCCAGCUGCAGUAUAGCCACGCCGCCUACGGAGGCGGACACGAGCAAGCGCCCCCUUACCCUGGUGGCUCAAACCCCAUGUCACCUCUCCACGCAGCUCACCUGGAGGCUUGUUGCUCACCUCUGUCGGAGGGCGCCUCCUCUGCACAGACUUUCGACUGGAUGAAGGUCAAGAGGAAUCCACCAAAAACAGGACGAUCCGGGGAAUACGGUUACGCAGGACAGCCGAACACAGUCCGGACCAACUUCACCACCAAGCAGCUUACAGAACUGGAAAAGGAGUUUCACUUCAACAAGUAUCUGACGCGGGCGCGCCGCGUAGAGAUUGCGGCCGCGCUUCAGCUGAACGAGACUCAGGUAAAAAUCUGGUUCCAGAACCGGAGGAUGAAGCAGAAAAAGCGUGAGAAGGAGGGGCUGCUGCCGGCCAAAGCUCCCCCCGCAGAACGGGAGGAGAUCAUCCCGGAGAAAAUGGACGAUGCAGCAUCUGAGAGGUCGACCUCAUCGUCCCCCUCUACUCCCUCCCCCUCAUCUUCCACCGUCUCUUCCACGGGCACUGACACUUACGCCUCCAACUGAGGAGCAACUCUUUACCUCUUUAGGCCACGUGAGGAGUCUGACCACCAAAGUUAAAGAUUGUCGUGAAUGAUAUUCGUGUGUACAUUUGUAGACGUUUGGGACAUUUUCCCCAAUAACAUGGACAAUGGCUUAAAGGUUUUAGAGUUGUUGUAUAAUCACUAACGUGUCUGCACGAAGCACUAUUGUCCAGUCAUGAUUUGAAAUGUGUUUAUUUGCUGAAAAUGUGGCUUUCCAUUGACUGCCACCCCCAUGCCCUAUACCCUGACCCAGUGCUGCUUUAUAUAAAGAUAAAGAAACAAAUCUGC